AUGCCAGGCUGCCCAUUCACUCACCGGCAGCAGGCCGAAACGCAUGGAGCGCAGCUCACCUGCAUCAGGGGACUGAGUGGGAUUCAUUUAGGUUUUACACAGUUCAAUGGAUUCAACUGUGAUCCAAACUACCACAGCAGAUUCCCUGGUGAGAGAGAUAUCAGUGUAUACUGUGGCGUUCAGACAAUCACACUAAAGAUUAACCUCUGUCCUGUGCUGUACUCUGGAUACACUGAUGCUGACUUGGCACUGAACGGUCGUCAUGGAGAUGUGCAAUGCCGAGGCUUCAUAAACAACAACACCUUCCCCACAGCUGUGCUCUUCAGUAUCAGCCUCAGCACACUGGAGUCCUGUGGAAACACGCUGGAGGUUUCUACAUCUCAAAGCUUUAAUGCCUAUGGGAACACCUCCAUGGUACAGAUGGGUAAUAUAUCGGGCUACAUUGACACCCCAGACCCUCCAACUGUUAUCAGCUACCUGCCAGGUCUGGUGUAUAAAUUCAGCUGUAGUUAUCCUCUGGAGUACCUGCUCAACAACAGCCAGCUGGCAUCCUCGUCUGCUGCAAUAUCAGUGAAAGACAAUAAUGGCACUUUCCUGAGCACUCUCAGUUUGGUGCUUUACAAUGACUCAACCUUCAGUCAGCUGAUCUCUAUACCAAUGUCCGGCCUGUCCUUGAAGACUCGUGUGUUUGCUGCAGUCAAGGCUACAAAUCUGGACAGGAGGUGGAAUGUUCUGAUGGAUCACUGUUACGCCACCCCCUCUGGGAACCCUAAUGAUGGGAUACGCUAUGACCUUUUCUUUGGGUGCUACAAGGAUCCACAGACAACUGUAUUUGAGAACGCAAAAAGUCAAAUGGGCCGCUUUGCGUUUGAAGUUUUCCGUUUUGUGAAACAUAAGAACCAGAAGAUGUCCACCGUGUUUCUGCACUGUAUCACAAAGCUGUGUCGAAUAGAUGACUGCGCAAUACUAAUUCCGAUCUGUGGAAAACGCAGGAGGAGAGACACUGCGGAUGAACAUGUCGUAUCAGGUUCAUCCUCAGGGGAUGCCGUCAUAACCGCAGGGCCCAUAAUCACUAGGAGUGAUGAAUCUCCAACCAACAACUCACAACGUGUGAGCGGAUCCUCCCAGCAUCUGAAUGCUGUAACCAGUGCCUUGAUAUCGGGUGUGGUUGUGUUAGGUGUGACGUGCCUGGGCCUCUUCAUCCUCUCCCUCAGGCUGCUCAGGAAGCCCAGCCCUUCUAGUCUGACAGGGGUCUGGAACCCCAGCUUCAGAUGA